GAAGCCAGGGAGUGCUAUGGCUAAGUGCAUGGCCCAUGGCCUCUGAAACUAGCCAGGCUUAAGUUGGCCUUGGACCUACCUACCAUUGACUAGCUGUGUGAUUUUGAGUAAGUUAUAGACUUUCUAGAUAUACCUGUUUCCUUACGUAUAAAGCAGCGUAACUUAACAGGCUUUUUGACAGCGUUGUUUAAUUCAAGUGCCCUGCCAGAUACCGGCCAGGGUGUUGGAAGAUCACUGCUAGGGGUAGUGGCUCUGUCCUCACAGAGCUUACAGCCUGGUGGGAUCAGAUGAUGGGACAGGGUAUCACUGCCCAGUUACUGAUGGACCACAGUCCUAACCGUGCGCAUGUGCACACAACCCAACACUUAAGAAGUUUUGUGUGUAUUGUUGGAAGUGGAUUGCAGCUUCUCCUGCAUGCUAAGCAUAGGUUUUACCACUGAGCUCCAUACACCCUUAGGCCUUCACACAAGUCUUUUGAUGGGAUCCCAUUUCACAGAAGGUGCCAUAUGUCACUGCCACUCUACAGACUAACUAACCCGGAGGAGGGUAGGGACCUGCAAGGAAUAAACUCCCGAUGUUGCUAGCCCUAGAGCCAACGCUAGGCUGAGCUGACUCGGGCAGGUAGUUAAGGUCCUCGGCCACGCAUGCGCAGCACUCUUGUCCCGCCCUCCUGCCCGGGGGCGCGGACUGGUGGAUUCAGAUCACGUGGGCACGCCUCGCCUCUUCCUCGCUGCAGGGGGUCCUCCCGCUGGCUUGUUUCCGGUUCUGCAGGUUCACGAUGACCGAGCCCGGCGCCUCUCCGGAGGACCCCUGGGUCAAGGUGGAGUAUACCUACAGUGACAACAGCCUGGAUCCUGGGCUUUUUGUAGAAAGCACCCGCAAGGGGAGUGUAGUGUCCAGAGCUAAUAGCAUCGGUUCCACCAGUGCCUCUUCCGUCCCCAAUACAGAUGACGAGGACAGUGACUACCACCAGGAGUCCUACAAGGAGUCCUACAAAGACCGGUGGCGGCGAGCACACACUCAGGCAGAGCAGAAGAGGAGGGAUGCCAUCAAGAGAGGCUAUGAUGACCUUCAAACCAUCGUCCCCACCUGCCAGCAGCAGGACUUCUCCAUUGGCUCCCAAAAGCUCAGCAAAGCCAUCGUUCUACAGAAGACCAUUGAUUACAUCCAGUUUUUGCACAAGGAGAAGAAAAAGCAGGAGGAGGAGGUGUCCACACUACGAAAGGAUGUCACGGCUCUAAAGAUAAUGAAAGUGAACUAUGAGCAGAUUGUGAAGGCACACCAGGACAACCCCCACGAAGGGAAGGACCAGGUCUCUGACCAGGUCAAGUUCAACGUGUUUCAAGGCAUCAUGGACUCCCUGUUCCAGUCUUUCAAUGCCUCCAUCUCUGUGGCCAGCUUCCAGGAGCUGUCAGCUUGUGUCUUCAGCUGGAUUGAGGAGCACUGUAAGCCUCAGACCCUACGAGAGAUCGUGAUUGGGGUCCUGCAUCAGUUGAAAAACCAGCUGUACUGAUGGUUCCUGGAAACCUGCAGAGCAGCUAACAAGAGGCUUUUGAGUCUACUAUUUGACCAUGGACCUGCCGGGCCUAUAAGACUGGACUGCAACACCUCACACCGAUCAGCUGGUUUUCUACUUGGUGUUUGGUUUUCCUAGCCCCACUUCAUUUUCAGUGGGACUGGGAGUGUUUGUUUUGUGAAAGCUUCUGAUUAAUUUAUUAUAUUGACAACAAAGUCAACCCUACCCAGUCUUCUUCCCCUUCCCAACAGAAGUCCUCAGGACAGGAGUCUUUUCUGGGUACCCCCCAAGAGCUCCUGGCCUCUCAGCCCUUUCUCUACACCUUGGGUUUUUGCUCAUGAUCUAUAUAUAUUUGGAAACUAUUUGCCUCUGUUUUGGUCUCUGGGCAACAUCUGGCUCAAGUUUGGACAUUUUGGCAAUAGUUGGGUGGGAGAAAAGGAGUGGGAGGAAAUAGACCCACAGUCAUACAGGAUGAAAGACCACUUGUGCCUAGAUUAGGGCUGUCUGGCCAGAAUGAAGUAAGGCUAGGGCUUUUUGGCCAGCUCAGGGCAGGUAUACUAGGUUCCUACUGUAACCUCAUGUUCUAUCACCUCCUUCCUCCUUGCCAUGGGUAUUAACGGUAAGCAACUUCCCUGUCUACUUUUGCCCUGUUCCCACAGGCAGUAGCACUGCAUGGCAAAGGCAGGUGUGACAUAGCACUACAUAAUUGAAAUUUUUUAUUUUUCUAAACACCAACAAUGCAGUUUUGCUACAUUUACAAUUUUGGGAAAUUAGCUGGUCCUCAAAACCACCCCAUCCUUUCUGUUCAGGAUACCUGGGUCUCUACCAUUUCCCAGUGGUACCUGCAUUUCUCCCAGGACUUAGGGGUGGGGCAAAAAGGUACAGAAGAUACUCAGAAAGUCUCCUGGCAUUAGUCUUGGGUGAUGUCUUGGGCUUCUUAAAUACUAAUACAUAGUACCCACUCUACCUCCCAAGCUUCCUGCUACCUUACUCAGGUUUGCUAUCUGGGAGGUUUGAAUAUCCAGAGGAAAUUAAAUAUUUUUAUAUCAAAUUAUUACAAUAAAUAUUGCCAAAUGCUUUCCUUUGGAACUGUUCCAAGUCCUUGUGUUCAGCUCAAGCCACUGCAUUGUGGACAACAAAAUGGGCAUGACCAUCCCUUUCUAGACACUAGCAGUGAAUCCCUCCCUCCACCCAAUAUUCUGACCCAUGCCUCUCUUCUUUCUGCUAUGGGCUCAAGC